AUGCUGUCCUCAAUACUACUAGCUGUAGUCGCCUCGACUAUAGUAACAGCUCACACAGUCAUUACCUAUCCCGGCUGGCGGGGAGACAAUCUCAUCGAGAAUGCCACAUUUCCUUACGGCAUGCAAUGGACUUAUCCAUGUGGCGGUAUCCCCUUAACAACGAAUAGGUCGUACUGGCCGACCACGGGUGGCGCCGUUGCGUUUCAACCAGGCUGGUUUCAAGGUCAUCAGACGGCAUUCCUCUACAUCAAUCUCGGAUUCGGCACGGACGGACCUGAUCACGGGCCACUAAAUAUGUCGUUCCCCAUGAUCGCUCCUUUCCAACUUCUCGGUCCCUCGAAAGGUCCAUAUCCCGGGACGGUUUGUCUGCCCCAGGUGCCCCUCCCCGCCAACAUGAGUUUCAACGCCGGAGACAACGCGACUAUACAAGUGGUCGAGAUAGCGCAGCAUGGAGCCGCUCUGUUUUCGUGUUCGGACAUUACAUUUGCUGAACCUGGAGACGAGAGGAUCGCUAAAGUUAACGGGUCUAACUGUUAUAAUAGUACAGACCUCGGAUUCGCUGAGAUAUACACUGUUACGACGCAAGAGAUAGGUUCGGCGGCGAACGUGAGUACCAGCAGCGCCUCUGGUCUUUGGGACCACAGGCCUGCAACGUGGAGCUGGCUAGGCUACUUCCCGAUAUUUAUGUGCGCUCUGGGGUUUUUACUGUAG